AUGGAAGACCAAAAAUCGCAAAACUCCAAGGACCUCAACCCCCCGCAGAGCCUCAAUGAGGAUCGUCUGCAACGCAACCAGGGCGCCAUCCUCUUUGUGGGCAACCUGCCCUUCCAGACGCCCUGGCAGAACGUCAAGGACCACUUUAAGAACGCCGGCAAAGUCCGUUACACGGACCUCAUCGCGGACCGCAACGGCCGCCCCAAGGGCUCCGCGCUGGUUACAAUGAUGUCCGUCGACGGCGCGCAGAGCGCGAUUCGCAUGUUCAACGAGACCGACUUCGAGGGCCGCCGGUUAAUCGUGCGGAAGUUCGACGAUGGCCCGCGACCGCCACUGGUUCAGCGGGAUAUGAUGCCGCAGUACCACAACAACAACAACGCCCGGCGGAACCCUUUUACAGGGGCGAUGGGCGCAGUGACCCCGGGGCCCGCCGCGAGCGGGUACUACCCCAAUGUGGGGCCGGUCGCCGGUGGAGGGGCGGGCUCCGGGGGGCCGAUGGGGAAUAACGUGGCGCCUUACGGCCGGCCCUACGGCGGGCGCCCGGGCGGGGUCCCCUAUCAAAUUGGGGAGGCGGAGAACGCCCUAGGCGGGGUGCCGAUGCUCGACCUCGCCGGUGAGCAGGUGCCGAAGCCGCGCAGCAAGCAAAUCUCCGAGAUCGGGCGGAAGCUCUUUGUGUCGAACCUUCCCUUCGACUGUACGAGCUACGCUCUCCGUGAAACCUUUCAGCAGGUUGGAAAUGUUGAGCGGGCGGAGAUUAUCUUGGGGCGGAACGGCAAGAGCCGCGGGAUGGGUAUUAUUGUGAUGAAAACCGAGGAGGAGGCUCGUGUGGCGAUUGCUGAGUUUGAUGGGAUUGAGAUGGCAAACCGUGCGAUGAAUGUGCGUCUCGACAAGAAUACAUGA